AUGAGAGACAAAAACAUGAUCUCUUGUCUUGGAUCCAGCGAUUCUAGAGAUGUAUCGCCAUCAAUCAUUUCAGAACUACCUGAAAACAUCUUUACUAAUCCAUGGCCUUUGACUCCUGAUAUUCAAGAAUCAUCUGGACAAAUAACAAACACAUAUACUGCGCAUGAGAAUACAGCAAUUCAAAACGCAUUGGCUGACCAACAUAGUAUUUUAUGUAUGGAAACGGUUUCUUUAAUCGAAAAUACUCAUUCAACAUAUCACCUACAAAGAUCAAGAUCAUGCACACCUGACAUUCUGGAAAUUUCUACUGGACAUACGAAUCUAAUAGAUCAAGAUGCAGAGACAGAACAAAGACUGGCCUCGGUCUAUAUGAUUCACUCAACGCCACCUUUAAACAUGCCAAAUAAAGAAGAUUCACUUGAUUAUAAUGCCAACGAAACAAUACUACAGCAUUCUACUGCUCCGUCUUUACCUUAUUUCAGUCCAAGAGAAAUAAGACCGCUCCCAAUCCCUCAUGUUCCCAUAGGGAGUCGUAAAAGAAAGAUUCAGAAGUCUGAGGUGCUUACCAGUACGCCAGUAAAGGAAGAACAGAAAGCUAAAUUUGUUAAAGCAAACAGCAAAGUAAUGAAAAACAUUAAUAAAGAUUUAAAAACAAAGACUGCACUACAGAAAAUUACUAAGAAAACCAAAACGACUAAAAUCAACAAAAAUACUAAAGGUAUUAGAACGACAAAAAACACUAAAUUCAAGAAAUCUAAAGACAAAGAAAAUGAUAAAAACUACACAAUGCUACUUUUGUGGAGAAGUUUACAU